AAGAAACCUGAAAUUGAGUUGUUUCCUAAAAGAGGUCAGAAACUGCAAAGUAAGUUUAUUUCAAAAUCAUCUGAACAAAAUAUAAGCAAAGACGAGUUAUAUAGAGUCAUUACCUACUAAGACAAUAAUCCGCUUGCCACCUGUCAAACAUUCUCCAAGACCCGUCCUUAUCCAAAAAUAGUACAAUUGGGGAUGAGUAGUCAAUUGGGACUUUAAUAACUUUUAUUUUGUAUAUUAAAUGUUCUAUUGGACUAUUUGGAGUUGUACACCCGGUUGCUUUACAAAUUGGUAUUCAACAUUAUUCUGUUUUACUUUCGUUUAGUCUUAUCCUUGCUAAUAGCACAACUAUCUGUUCUAUUACUUACAUUUAUGAAUUCAAACUAAUUUUUAUUUGGUUCUUAUUUUUAUGACAAAAGUUUGAUUCAUGAACACUGGAAAAUCGAAACUUCAAGCGUGGAAUUUAGCAAGAAGACUCUCGAUUGUCAAUUUACGAUGUCGAAUGCUUUAUUCUGAUCAUAGCUCUCUACGAUCGUAUUUGCAGUAUCUCAAGUGGAAAGAAUGUUCAUUGAAGACAACACUAGUUCAGGGAACUUUAUUCGAAUAUCUUGUGAAAGACAUACUAGAGAAACACUGCUUUGCUUUGAAACGAUGUGGAGGCAAAGAUGACAGGGGUAUAGAUCUUUUAGGUAAAUUUCCCUUGGAUGGCAUUACAAAAGCUAAAGUAGCUGUUUCAUGCAAGUCAAAUAAAGGGGCCAUAGGCCCAAGAUAUGUACGAGAACUGGAAGGUUCUCUUUCCUGGUGCCCGUCUGACACUUUAGGAAUUUUGGCUUGUUUAAGCAACUUUACUUCAGCUUCCUUGAAGGCUGUUCAAGUUAGCGAACGCCCUUUAGCUGUUUGUCGAAUAUUUGUUAAUCAUCGAAGCAGUUAUAUGUUUCAAUUUGCAUGGAAUUCAGCUGCCUCUAUUAUAUUUAAUGAUAUAUCAGUUCGUCAAUUGCAUAACUCCAAUAUGUUCCUCGACACAUCUGAGAAAGCUUCCUUGUUUUCUGAUAAAAUUAUAUCUACGGUACUUUGUAGCUCAGCUCCUUUCGAACAUUGUCCAACACCAGUUGGACUUUUCUACAAAAACAAGCAAAUUUCUCAAUUUGCUUGAUAUAUAUAUGAAUUAAUACUAAUAGUCACCCGGUCUUAUUUACUAUUUGCAUCUCUAAUAAGCUUCAAGUAAAAUUAAUAUACUUGUUCCUAGACAAAAUGCCGAUCUCCAGAAAUAUAGGAUUACAAAGUAAAAUUAAUAUGGUCUUCAG